CAGGUGUCUAUUACUCCUGAAGAACAAAAAGACUUCUUGGGGGACAAAAAAUAUAUUGAGCUUUACAUAGUUGUAGAUUACGUAAUGUUCUUGAAGUACAGCAGCAACAGGACUUUUAUAAACAUGAGAAUAUUUGAAAUGAUCAACUAUGUAAAUUGGGUUUAUGAAGCUUUGAAUAUUCGUUUAGCAUUGGUUGGCAUAGAAAUUUGGAACAAUAGGAAUGAGUUUGUGGUCAGUUCAUCAGAGGAAAACAAUUUGAACUCCUUUUCAAACUGGAGAAGGUCAAUUCUGCUGACGCCCAAAAGGAAUGACAACGCUCAGUUACUCACGGGUGUUGACCUAAGUGGAGCAACUAUGGGAAUCGCUCAUUUUGGUACUAUGUGCAGUUCUUGGGGAUCUGUGGGAAUCAUUCAGGAUCAUGACAAAGAUGUAUAUUUGGUUGCGGCUGUAAUGGCUCAUGAGAUUGGUCAUAAUCUGGGCAUGAACCAUGAUGCAAAUUCUUGUACUUGCACGAAAGGCCCAUGCAUUAUGGCUGCUUCGGGAGGGCUAGAAGUUCCUAUGCAGUUCAGCUCUUGUAGUUUACAGGAUUAUCAGAAUUAUAUGAUGACUAGGACCCCACAAUGUGUUAUCAACAAACCCUUCGACACAUAUAUUGUUCAAGAUGCAGUUUGUGGGAAUUACUUUGAGGAGAAGGGAGAAGAAUGUGACUGUGGCUCUCCAGAGGUGAGAUUUUUUUUGAAUGAAUAAGGAUAAUUCCAAGACAUUUCUCAAAAAUGGGAAUCCUUGCCAAACCAUCUGGCUUUCUAAGUGGUAUCCAAGAAGUUGGUUUGUGAGUAGCAUAGGCGUAUGUCCUCAAUGUACAUGGAGGGGUGAAUUGGCUUCUUGGAUUUGGGAAACCAGUUGUAGCGGUAAAGACUUGAUACCUUGCUUCUCAGUUGGGAAGACAAUGCAGUUUUAAAAACAGCUGAUUUAUCACUGCAACAAUAUCCUUCCCUGCUGAAAACCUUUACUUUGUUGACAGGGUCACAUUAUGUGUCUCACUGUUUUCUUGAGCUGCUUCCUACAGCUUAACCUGUGGAAGCAAUUGGGGCAUGGCAAGCAUCUCAAGAGGAUACCUCCCACCCAUUUUCUCCCCACUCUAAAGAUAAAUGGGGAGAAACAUAUUUCUAGGCAUGAAAGACUCUGUUAUCAUAACCUUACAAUAAGAUAAUGUUAAUACUCAUGGUUGGUGAAUCUUUUCUGGCCGACUUCAGAGGCUGACAUCCUGAGUAGAAAAUGGCUCAGAAUAAGGAAGAAAUUUGGACUG